CCUCGCACAAUGACAGAAGGAGAAUAAUCCAGGAAGCUGGGGUGGGACGGCGACUCCUCCAGAGCCCAGUGUGGGAUGUGUGUGCACCGGGGAGGCGGCUGAGCGACAUGGAGGACCACCAGCACAAGGCGGAGAACACUUUCAGUGGAGAUGAAGCGAGCAGCAUUGUCAAAGAGUGUGUAGAAGUCAUCCUGGGUGGAGUAGACUACGAUGAUAGUAGAGUCAAUGAGUGGAUGUCAGCCGUUGUGGAACAGUCUUUAACCCAUCUAGUAAAGAUGGAAAAAGCCUUUAAAUAUAUCGUAACCUGUACAGUCAUGCAGAAAAGAGGAGGUGGUCUUCACACUGCAAGUUCCUCAUUUUGGGAUAACUCCACUGAUGGUAGCUGCACAGUGCGAUGGGAAAACCGGACCAUGUACUGCAUUGUCAACGUCUUUGCUGUGGCCAUACACCUAUAAGUGAAUGUCAGGAAAAUGUUUGCCAUUUGCACGCUUAAUGUUAAAAAAAGAAAAGAUAAAAAAAGACACUUGCAAGUAAAUCUGACUAUACGUAGGUAUUACCAAACUAUAGCAGCUUUAUUUUAAACGCAGGAUAAAGCACAAUUUAUCUUGUGCCACUGAAGUUGCAUCUAGGAAUAACACGCUACUGCCAUAGCCUGCCACAUGAUGUAUUACUGAUGUGUAACAGAAUAUUUCCUAUAAAAAUGUAUUCAAUGAUAUGCAAACUCUCAGGAAUAGAAAUAUAUAAACUGUUAGUAAAAUAGAGCACCCUAAGCCACAGUAUACAGAAAACUGCUUUAUAUAUUGUUCAUUCAGUGAUAUUCCUUCUAUAAUUUGGGAAUAACUGCAAAUGGUAAUUCAUUUUAAUACCGGUACAUACAACGCUCUUUGCAUCUAGACCUUUAUUAAAGGGGUUAUCCCAUGAUUAAUGUAAAAAAUAAAAAUCAGAUAUCAUAGUAUCACAGCCUCAACUAGCCCUGUACCUGACAUGAAACCAGAGAUCUCCACAUUCACUGCUUGAUUUGCUUUGCUAGAUUUAUUUCAAGCUGCAAGCUCAGGGGGCACGUCCUUUAUCAGGGGGUGUGUCUUUUCUGCUGCAGC